AUGAAGGGAGAUACCGCCGAGGAGCUGAGCCGCAUCCACAACGCUGUCACCGCCGCCAUCAAUGCACAGGAGAGUAUUGGACGUCCUAUCAACACGCACGGGAUGGACCUGUUCAAUCACCUGGUCAUCGAAUUGUUCGACGCACGCACUCGUCUCGAAUGGGAGUCAGCCACGUCAGACUCCACCGAACCACCACAGAACGAGGCACUUCUCGACUUCAUUAGUCGACGGGUAUUGACCCUCAACGCCGCACGACCGAGGAGUGUCACAAAGGGAACUGGAGAGGCAUCACGAUUCGCCAAAGCGCACGUCACCAGACAUCAAGGCACAGAUUCGCCUCAGUGUGCACUGUGUCGUGAAAAACAUACACUGAUGACCUGCAAGGAGUUCAAGGCCAAGACCGCGGUCGAACGGAAAACAUUCGUGGAGAUCAACCGACUGUGCUUCAACUGCCUGGGCAAUCACUUCUUGUCACGGUGUCAAUCGAAAAAGAAUUGCCUCACUUGCAACGCACGACACCACACCAUGCUGCACGGGGCAUCCACGUCACCACCGUCCGCUGAGGCCACUUCACUUGCCACCACACUGGCCACCUCACGGCAGUUUGAGAGUCACAAGGCCGUCCUUCUUGCAACUGCUUGCGUCAAGGUCGCGGACCGCUACGGAUCACCACACGAGGUUAGAGUCUUGAUCGACCAGUGCUCCGAGGUGUCCAUCAUCUCUGAAGCACUGGCUCAACGUCUUCGCCUUCCUCGAGCUUCGACGGAUCUGUCCAUCUUUGGCAUCGGAGGGACUCGCUCUGGAUCGGCUCGUGGCAAGGUCACCCUGGACAUCACAUCCGACGUGACCAACGCCGAGCUUCGCGUGGUCUCUUUUGUGCUGCCUCGCAUCUCACUACAACAAGGCACCGCCCAACGCGAGAAUUGCAGCUGGCCUCACAUCCAAGGACUCCGACUGGCCGACCCGCGAUACCUGGAUGACGACCCUGCGGAGCUACUUCUUGGUGCAGAGUGCACCGCCGACAACGACCUCGCUGACCUGGUGCAACGAUUCUGGGAGCAGGAACGCGAGCCAGCAGCUGGGAUCGUGCUCACCGCCGACGAAGCCAGAUGCGAGGACAUCUAUGUGCGCACAGUCACACGCACGUCCAGUAGAAGAUACGUGGUGAGGCUGCCAUUUGCCUCACCGCCGACAUCACUCAGCGAGACUCGUCGACCUGCAGAGCGCCUCCUGGAAGCAAUGGAGCGGAAGGAAGCCCGUGAUGCUCGGUUCGGUGAUCUCUAUCGAGACUUCAUGGACGAAUACGAAGACCUGCAACACAUGGAGAAGGAUUGUCGCCUGCAAACCAUCCUGUGGCGCCACAACGGCUCAGACAACAUCCGCGAGUACGAGUUGAAGACCGUGACCUACGGACUGGCGUGCGCACCCUUCCUCGCCAUCAGGACUCUUCACCAACUUGCUGCAGACGAAGAGGCACGAUAUCCACGCGGAGUCAGGGCGCUGCGACACGACUGUUACGUCGACGUGGUCACCGGUGCUGACAGCCUAGCGGAUGCUAUCGAACUCCAACAGGAACUACAGAGUCUCUGCAUGGUGCUCACCGGAAUUCCACCGGAACAUCGGCUUCAACGCGGACCGCGCUCGUGGGAAGGAGAGAGCCACGCCACCCUGGGUCUUCGAUGGCAUCCUCAAGGGGAUUGGUUCUCCUUCACCAUACGUCCACGUUCAAUCACCGACCUCACGAAGAGACGAGUCUUGGCCGAGACAGCUCGACUAUUCGAUCCGAUGGGCUGGCUAGUGCCUGUCGUCAUCCGAGCCAAAAUUCUGAUCCAGUCUACGUGGCUUCAACGGCUGGAUUGGGACUCUCCGCUGCCUGAUCAGGACGCACACCGCUGGAAACAACUGUUGAAUCAACUUCCGUUGCUGGAUCACAUCCGUGUGGAUCGUUGGCUCAGCACCGGAGAUGACCAGUCGCAAUUGCAGCUCCAUGGAGAAAACAUCAAUUAA